AUGAUAAAUUACAAAGAUAAUAAAAAUAGUAUCGAAGAUAAUAAAGAAAAUGAUUCUCAUUUAGUUAAUAAUACACAUUAUGAGAAGGCCUCUGAAAUAGUAGAAUCUGACAUGUAUGAAUCAAAUGAAGAUACGAAUACAAAAAAUAAAGGAGUUUGGUAUAAUGCUAGAACAAAAUGUUGGUUAGCAUGUGUAAAAGGAAGUGGUAGACAUCUUCGAGUAUUUUCGGUAAAAAAAUAUGGAUACAAGAAAGCAAAGAUGUUAGCUAUUGAAUGUAAGAAUUCUGUAUUUUAUAAUGAACAGAAUGAAGAUAAUAAUAUUGAUAUAAAUAUAAAAAGUAAUUUAAACAAUAAUAAUAUGAAUAGUAGUAGUAGUGGUGGUGAAGGAGGAGGAGGAGGAAAUGAAAAUGAAUAUAAGUUGAAUAAUAGAAAGGACAGUUCUCAAUAUAAUUAUAAUAACAUCAAAGAAAUGAAUAAUAAAAAUAAUGUGAAUAAUUAUGAUAAUGAUUUAAAAGAUAUAGAUUAUAAAAAAAGAAGAAAUAAAUUAAAUGAUCAAAAUGAAGAAGUAGAUAUAUAUAAUGCAAAAAGAAAUACAGAUAAUACAAAUAUAAAUAAUUCUAAAAAUAAUGCAAUUAUAUUAAAAAAAGAAAAAUUAAAAACAAAUGGUAAUAUCAUAAAUGAUAUAAACAAUACAGGAAGGAGAUAUAACACAAGAAGAGGUAGUAUAUUAUCAUCACAUGAAAUUAAUAAAAAUGAAACAACUAAUAAAAAUGAAAAUAAUAAUAAUAAUAAUAUAUAUGAAAGAUAUAAUUAUAAAAAUUAUCCUUAUAGUGGUCAAAAUAAAACUAAUCUUAAUAAUAAUGAUAAUGUAGAUGAUAACAUGCAAAAAGAAAAAAUCAAUAUAUCUCUUAAAAAUAAUCUUGUUGCAAAUAAUAGUUUUUAUAAUAAUAAUAAUAAUAAUAAUAAUAACAAUGUAAUUAAUAGUAUUCAUAAUAAUGUGUAUAAUAAUGUAUAUCAUAAUGAUCAUAAUCUUGACGACAGUGAUAAUGACGAAAGUAAUGAACAUAAUAACAGAAAUAAUAACAGAAAUAAUAACAGAAAUAAUAAUAAUAAUAAUAAUAUCAAUAAUAAUAAUAAUAAUAGUGGUAAUAAUAAUUAUUAUUAUUAUCCUUAUGAUAAUCAUAACUAUAAUACUAGAAAUACUACCCAAAAUAUAUCUAAUUAUAACAAUUUUGAGAAUAAAAAAAUUACUGGUAAAACUAUGUUGCAAGGACCAAACAAAAAUAUAAAUACAGCAUAUGGUACUACUAAUAAGAGAUAUAUAGAACAUCCAGAUGAUAUGUGUGAAUAUGACAAUGGCAAUAAAAAAAAGAAAAGAAAAGAACACUAUGCAUAUCUUAUAAGAAAUGAUGACGAAAAUAGCAACAUGAACAAUAAUAAUAAUAAAAUGAAUAUGAAGAAUUUUAAUAAUAAUAUUAAUCCAUACCAACAAAAUAAUUGUAAUAAUAAUUUUUUCACAAAUUAUUCUACGAAUUGUCAAAGGAAUGUUCACAACAGUAAUUAUAAUAACACAUCUUAUAAUAUCAAUAAUAAUAAUAAUAAUAAUAAUAACAAUUUUAAUAACAGUUUUAAUAACAGUUUUAAUAACAGUUUUAAUAAAAAUUUUAAUAAUAAUUUGGCUGGUCUAAAUAGUCACUGCAUAUUAACUGAUAAAGAUUUUCAAAUCGAUUCUCCUGAUCAAACUUUCGAUGAUUAUUAUUAUAUGAAAGCACAUGGAUAUGAUGAUAGUGAGUAUUCCACAAGAGCAAAAAAUAAAUAUAAUGAUAAUGACUAUAAUUUUAUUUUUUCUAAUGAAUAUUAUUCAGAUACUUGUCAAACAAACAAUGAUGAAUAUAAAACAAAUUUUAUUGAUUUAACAAGAGAAGCAUUGUCUUUAAUAUUACAAGAUUUAAAAAACAAUGUCAUACCGAAAAUACCCGUAGGUAUAGAAAAAAGAGAAAGAUAUAAAAAUUCUUUGCGUCUAUGCUUAAAAAGUGCUAGAAACACUCCACAUAUGAAUGAAUUAGAGCCAUAUCUAGAAUUAUUCAGUGAGUGUAUCAAAAAUAGUAAGCUCCCAAGUCAUAUGGCCCUAAAGGACCAAUUAUUUUACUUAGACAAAUUAUAA